AUGAGCGCGGGUUCCUCGGCGGGCAACCCCGCCAAGCGGGAUGACAGCAGCCUGACGAAUACCUCCACCGUUCUUCUGUAUCCGUUUAAACCGAUGAGUCUUGGGUGGUGGGAGAGUUUUCUCUCCACGGUGGCGCCGCUCAAUCGCGUUUCGGUGCUCGUGCAUGUAAUGCGUUGCAUGAUGACGCAUGCGGUGCUGCACGAGGAUCCGUUUUUAGAGGAGGCGAUUAUCCACAUGGGGAAGGGGCUCCCCCACGCCUGGCCGCCGCCGAGCGGGCAGGAGGAUAGUAACUAUAUCCCCGCGUUUGAGGCUGGGUAUCAUAUUUUUCAAACCAUCUGUGUUAUUUCCAAGUUCCGAACGCUGGAUAGGCAAGCCAAGCACGGGCUCUUAUCGAUGGCGGAGCAGCGGAUCCAGGCGAUCGCGAAGGGGACGCAGCAUCAGGAGGAUAAAAUGAGCUUUUGGGCGGCCGCGCAGGUCGCGUCGGAUCGCAUUCAGGCGCUUCAGAGGGAACUCGACUCGCGCAUCGCGUGGAAUAAGUUAAUGCACGCGAUGAAAGUGCUCUUUUUUUCUGUAAACAUGCGAAACGGUAAGCUUCCCAGCCUCGAUCCGGAGGCGAAUCCUUUGGAUAACUUCGCUUGCUACGAGGGGUGCCCGUGCUAUGGGAAGCUCCGCAACACCUACACCCUUUUUGUUCGUGGGAUGGAAAAAAUCAAAAUCAUCGACUGCGCGAUGAUCGCCUCGGUGAAAGACGAGGACGUUUUAUUACGCGAGGUGGCCACGGAGCUUUUGUAUCGCUAUCGUGAUCACAUCUUGGAUAACCCCCCGUCGAACGACGUGGUGCGGCAAAUUCAAAAUGGAACCUUUUUUUACUGCCGGGUUGCUCUUUUCCGGGCACUAAGCUACCUGCAGGAUCUCUCCGAGCUCCAUAGCGACUCCGUAACGGCCGCGAAGGAGUUCACCUGCUAUCUUCACCGUUUUAUCCUCUCGAUGCAUUGGGUGAAGAAUGAGAUCCGUCGCCUGCGCGGGGUGAAGGAUCUCGUGCCGAUGCUCAACCGCGCGAUCACCACCGCCGAUAACGCCUUUCGUUGGGUGAACGAGAGCGGAUUUAAACAGGUGCUGCACACCCUCAAAGGCUACACAAACGCCUGUUUUGUUACCCUCGCCGCGUCGAAGUAUCAUUUCGCCGUGCACUCACGCGAUAUCUUCGUUGGGAGGUCGGAGGAUAUGCGCUGCACGAAUCCGGGAUGCCCACGAACGGCGAGGGAUUUGCUGCGGUGCAGUGGAUGCGAUGUAACGUAUUACUGCUCCGCGGACUGUCAAAAGGUGGAUUGGGAGAAGCACAAGGGGUUUUGCCACGAAAUCGAAUCCCGCCGCGGGAAGCCGGAGCCAGUCGAUCACGUCGUCAGCGAAAUGCAUUGCAUUAAACCUAAAGUUUGA